UCCUCCCUGUCUGUCUCCUUAUAGGUGGGUCCUGCAGCCUCUCCUCUCCUCACACUCCAACCCUGCUCAUCUCUCAGCUGGACAGUAAAGGGCCGUUCACACCACACACUGACAACAUGCUGGGGACACUCUGUACUCUCAUCACUGUUCUAACAUGUGUCAGUGGUGUGACUGUGGUGACACAGAAGCCUCCUGUUGUGACGGUGAGGAAAGGAGAGACGGCCACUCUGGACUGUAACCUGGGGACUGUUGAUAAUAGUGCUCAUUGGUAUAAACAGGUUCCAGGUGGAGUUCCUCAGUAUGUUUUACAGUGGUACUACUACAAUUGGACCUCUGUAAAAUAUGGUUCUGGUUUCUCCUCUCCAAAAUUCACAUCUGAUCAUCAGUCUAUAUCUGAUUAUAGUUUGAUUAUUAAUCAUGUGGAGGAGGAAGACUCAGCAGUGUAUUACUGUAAAACAAAUGACUACUCUGUUGACGAGGUGGUAUUCGGACCAGGAACCAAGCUCAUUGUCACUGAUGGAGAUCUGGCUACACCUGCUGUGACUCUGUUCCCUCCAUCCACUGAAGACCUCAAGUCCAGCAGAGCAACACUGGUGUGUCUGACUAGUGACCUGUCUCAGAGAUCCAAGGGGUUGGCAGAUGUCAGCUGGAUGUCUCGCGGUGAAUCAGUGACAGAAGAUGUUUCUACCAGCCCUGCUGAGCAGCAACCAGACAAAACCUUCAGGAUCAGCAGCUAUCUGACCAUUCAGACUGCAGACUGGGACAAGGACGUGGUGUUCACAUGUAAAGUGUCGUUGGGGUCAACAUUCUCUGAGAAAGAGAUCAGAAAGACUAGUUGUCGUCUGUAAAUGAAUAGUUUCAGACAAUCAAUACAACUGGUAGUUUAUUAAUGCUUCAGAAUGAGUGCAGCUGUUAUUUCAUUAGAA